CACAUCCUGGGCCCGUGGCAUGCAGCUUUCCUUAAGUGCCAAGAAUAAACUUGGUUUCAUCACUGGCGAUAUCCAAGAACCUUCUUCCUCCGACGACCCUGAUGCUCACACGGCUUGGCGUCGUUGCAAUGACAUGAUUCUUUCUUGGCUUCUGCAUUCCUUGGAACCUGACCUUCAAGAAUCUGUGCUUUUUUCCACCUCUGUCCAAGCUGUAUGGGAUGAUCUUCGUGAACGCUUCUCUCAGAGUAAUGCUCCACGCAUCUUCCAACUCAACCGGGAACUUGCUACAAUUUCUCAAGGCCUGUUCCUCGGUGUCUCAAGCUGAAAAACAACGCUCCCUGGGCGUUCUCCGCUCUGUCGAUCAACCUGCUGCCAUGGCUGUUCGUGGCCCGUCCCGUCCCUCCUCAGCUCGUCCUCCCCUCCACUGCACCUACUGCAAUUUUGAUUAUCAUACCCGAGACACCUGCCAUAAACUUCAUGGCUA